AUGGCUACUAGUGAUAGUGGCGGGCCUACUGUUAGCACUGAAGCAUCAACAUAUGACCCAAGCAAAGAUCCAACAAGGAAAGCCAAAUCAAAAGACCCCGGGUGGAAAUAUGGAUAUUGGCCAGAUCUUAAUGAUAAGAACUUAGUGCGAUGUACACUUUGUGGAAAAGAUGCCAAAGGAGGAAUCAAAAGGCUUAAGCAACAUUUAAUUGGUGGGUAUGGAGAUAUAUCAAAGUGCCCAAAAACAACUGCAGCAAUCGCUAGAGAGAUGCAUGAAGCUAUCAUGCGAAAUCAGAAGAGGAAGCCUGAUGUAUUUGAUGAGGAUUAUUCUGUUGAUCAUCAGCAGGGAGAGGAUUUGGCUGAAGAGAUAGAAAGUGGAGGGCAACUCCAGUCUGCUUCCAAAAGGAAUAAAGCUAAUGUUAUUACACCAACAGUAGUAAAGAGUCCGAUAGAUUCUUAUCUUCGACGGACUCCUAAAGAAAUAGUUGGUGAGAGGAGGUCUAAAGGUUCUAUCCAGACAACAAUACAAAGCAGCUUAAGAUCAAAUGCAGACAAAAAGAAAACUAAUGCAUAUGUUGCAAAAUGGUUUUAUGAAGCUGGCAUCCCAUUCAAUACAGUCAAGUUAAGGAGCUUUGAAGAGAUGGUUGAAGCCAUUGCGCAGUUUGGGUCAGGAUAUAAGCACCCUUCUUACCAUGAGUUGAGAGUGCCCUUGCUACAGGAUGAAAAAGCUCAGAUUGACUGUAUCAAGAAGAAAUAUGAAGAUUAUUGGAAAAGGUAUGGGUGCACUCUUAUGUCUGAUGGGUGGACUGACAAGAGAAACAUGUUAUUUCAGCUGCUUGAUAGUAAAAUUGAAGAAAUUGGGGAGGAUAAUGUGGUACAAGUAGCUACAGACAAUGCAGCUAAUUAUGUUGCAGCUGGUAGAAUGUUGAUGCAAAAACGGAAUAAGCUUUGUUGGACUCCUUGUGUAGCUCAUUGUUUGGACCUCAUGUUAGAGGACAUUGGCAAGUUGAAAGCUUAUAUAACAAUAAAGAGGGCAAAAACAAUGACAAGUUUUAUCUACAGACAUUACAAACUUGUUGAUGCUUUGAGGAAAAAGACAAAUGGGAUAGAUCUGGUGAGGUCUGGAGUUACAAGAUUUGCUACCUCAUUCUUGACACUACAAAGUUUGUACAAGAACAAGGAUGCCUUGAAACAAUUAUUUGUAUCUGAUCAUUGGAAUAGUUCUAAGUUGUCCAAGACAGAGUCUCUUGGUGGGAAACACAUGGAUCUUCGGCCCCUACACUUCAACAAUAUGCAAUACGCAUAUUAUGCCUUUGUUGCUCCGCUUCCAGUUGUGAGCUCAAUUGGAGCACAUUUGAUUUUGAGGGCUCAAGGAUCAACAAGUGCAGCCAAUAUUUGCUACACACGUCGUGGUAGGGGGAGGGCCACUGUUGAGGAAUCGUCAGAUGAUGAAGUUGAAGAAGAGGUCCACGAUGUUGUGCGUGAUGAUGAAGAUAUUGAAGAAGACUUUGGUGAUGGGCCAAUUGAUACUAUGAGUCAGCAACAACAAGAGGGAGAAGAAGUAGAUGUUGAUUUGUUAGCUUGA